AUGACCAUAACCCUCCACACCAAGGCGUCCGGAAUGGCCCUGCUGCAUCAAAUCCAAGGGACCGAGCUGGAGACCCUGAACCGCCCGCAGCUCAAGAUCCCCCUGGAGCGGCCCCUGGGCGAGGUAUACGUGGACAGCAGCAAGCCCGCCGUGUACAACCAUCCCGAGGGUGGCGCGUACGACUAAGCCGCUCCCGCAGCCUCCGCGCCCGUCUACGGCCAGUCCGGCGUCGCCUACGGCCCCGGGUCCGAGGUGGCGGCGUUUGGCGCCAACGGCUUGGACUUCCCGCCGCUCAACAGCGUGUCUCCGAGGCCGCUGGUGCUGCUGCACCUGCCGCCUCAGCUCUCACCCUUCCUGCACCCCCACGGCCAGCAGGUGCCCUAUUACCUGGAGAACGAACCGAGCGGCUAUGCGGUGUGCGAGGCCGGCCCUCCCGCUUUCUACAGGCCAAACUCAGACAAUCGGCGCCAGGGUGGCAGAGAGAGAUUGGCCAGUACCAGUGACAAGGGAAGCAUGGCUGUGGAGUCUGCCAAGGAGACCCGCUACUGUGCAGUGUGCAAUGACUAUGCCUCAGGCUACCAUUAUGGCGUCUGGUCCUGUGAGGGCUGUAAGGCCUUCUUCAAGAGAAGUAUUCAAGGACAUAAUGACUACAUGUGUCCAGCUACCAACCAGUGCACGAUUGACAAGAACAGGAGGAAAAGCUGUCAGGCCUGUCGGCUCCGCAAGUGCUAUGAAGUAGGCAUGAUGAAAGGCGGGAUACGGAAAGACCGAAAAGGAGGGAGAAUGUUGAAACACAAGCGCCAGAGAGAUGAUGGAGAGGGCAGGAAUGAAGUGGGGUCCUCCAGAGAUAUGAGGGCUUCCAGCCUUUGGCCAAGCCCGAUCUUGAUUAAGCAUACUAAGAAGAACAGCCCAGCCUUGUCCCUUACAGCCGAUCAGAUGGUCAGUGCCUUGCUGAAGGCUGAGCCCCCCAUAAUCUAUUCCGACUACGAUCCUUCCAGCCCCUUCAGUGAGGCUUCGAUGAUGGGCUUGCUGACCAACCUUGCUGACAGGGAGCUGGUUCACAUGAUCAACUGCGCAAAGAGGGUGCCAGGUAAGAACACUAAGCUCAACAUUUAUUUUGAGAGUCAAUAA